CGCUACCACAGAAGAAGAGGCUUAGCAGGCAACCUUCGUCCACUUACAAAACAGCCGCUGAGCUCCAGAAACUCUCCGAACCGCGACAGCUCAGACACCUGCUGUGUCGCGGAGAAUGGGGCUCGACAGGUUCUGUAGUCCGAACAGUUCGGAACCUUUCUGGGAUUGGAGCCGUAGUUGGAACACGUCUAAUCCAGACUUGACUCCAUGCUUUCAAAACACUGUGCUGGUGUGGGUGCCAUGCUUCUACCUGUGGAUCUGUGCCCCUUUCUACCUUAUGUACAUGCGCAGCCACAAUCGGGGGUAUAUAUGUAUGAGUCACCUCAACAAAGCAAAAACGGCUGUAGGUUUUCUGCUGUGGAUCAUCUGCUGGUUGGAUGUCUUCUACACCUUCUGGGAGAGGAGUCACAGCAGUAACAUCACAGCUGCUGUCCACCUCGUCAGCCCCACCCUCCUGGGCCUCACCAUGCUGCUGGCCACCCUGAUAGUCCAGUAUGAGAGGAUGAAGGGCGUGCAGUCGUCUGGAGUCAUGCUGAUCUUCUGGCUGCUGGCUCUGCUGUGCGCCACCGUCACCUUCAGGUCCAAAAUCCUGCAGGCUCAAGACCAGCCCGAGUCAGUGAGUGUGUGGAGGUACACCACCUUCUACAUCUACUACACCCUGCUGCUGCUCGCUCUCAUCCUGUCCGGCCUCAGCGACCAGAUGCCUCUCUUCUCUCAGGCUGUCAAAGACUCGAACCCCUGCCCUGAGCCCGGAGCAUCAUUCCUCUCCAGGAUAACCUUCUGGUGGAUCAGCGGGAUGAUGGUGUCUGGGUACAAGCGCCCCCUGGAGGAGAAGGACCUGUGGUCCCUGAACCCCGAGGACCAGUCCCACUGCGUGGUCCCACAGCUGCUGCGCCGCUGGUCUGCAGAGUGCCACAAAGUCAAGAGAACUGAAGGAAAAAUGGUGUACUCCCCCAAGCAGCCCCCCCGUGGUGAAAGCAAAGAGGAUCGAGCUGUUGAGGAGUCUGAAAUCUUGAUAGUGAAAACUCCAAAGAAGAGUAGGGAAGCCUCCCUGCUCUGGGCCCUGUGUCUGACCUUUGCACCCUACUUUCUGGUGUCCUGCCUGUACAAGUUCAUCCAGGACAUCCUCAUGUUUGCGGGACCAGAGAUCCUGCGGCUUCUGAUCAAGUUCGUCAACGACCCCGAUGCCCCGCCCUGGCAGGGCUACUUUUACACCGCGCUGCUCUUCGUGUGUACGUGCGUGCAGUCGCUCAUCCUGCAGCGGUACUUCCACGUGUGCUUCGUGUCUGGCAUGCGCCUGCGCACUGCUGUCAUUGGAGCCGUCUACAGGAAGGCGCUGGUCAUCAGCAGCGCGGCUCGCCGGACCUCCACCGUGGGGGAGAUUGUCAACCUGAUGUCUGUGGACGCUCAGCGCUUCAUGGACCUCGUCACUUACAUCAACAUGAUCUGGUCGGCCCCCCUGCAGGUGGUGCUCGCCCUUUAUUUCCUCUGGGAGAACCUGGGACCAUCUGUGCUCGCUGGAGUGGCUGUGAUGAUUCUGAUGGUUCCGGUCAAUGCGGUCAUCGCCAUGAAAACUAAGACCUAUCAGGUGGCUCAGAUGAAGAACAAGGACAGCCGCAUCAAGCUGAUGAACGAGAUGCUGAACGGCAUCAAAGUCCUGAAGCUCUACGCCUGGGAGAUGGCCUUCAGGGACAAGGUGUCCCAGAUCCGCGAGAAUGAGCUGCAGGUCCUGAAGAAGGCUGCCUACCUGGGGGCAGUUUCCACCUUCACAUGGGUCUGCGCCCCCUUCCUGGUCGCCCUGUCCACCUUCUCUGUGUACGUGCUGAGUAAUGACCAAAAUGUUCUGGACGCUCAGAAGGCUUUUGUGUCGCUGGCCCUCUUCAACAUCCUGCGCUUCCCUCUGAACAUGCUGCCGAUGGUCAUCAGCAGCAUGGUGCAGGCCAGCGUGUCUCUGAAGCGUCUCCGAGUCUUUCUGUCUCACGAGGAGCUGCAGGAGGACAGCGUGGAGCAUCCAGCAGCAGGAUGCUCUGCAUACAGCAUCUCCAUUGAGGAUGGUGUCUUCAGCUGGUCCAGAUCUGAGUCACCAACGCUGAAGAGGCUGAACGUCCGCGUCCCAGAAGGCUCUCUGGUUGCUGUGGUUGGACAUGUGGGCUCAGGGAAGUCCUCGCUGCUCUCCGCCCUGCUGGGAGAAAUGGACAAAAUGGAAGGAAGUGUUGCUGUGAAGGGCUCAGUAGCCUACGUCCCCCAGCAGGCCUGGAUCCAGAACGCCACGCUUAAAAACAACAUCAUUUUUGGGCAGAAGAGGAAGGAGUCCUGGUACCAGCGCGUGGUUGAGGCCUGUGCUCUCCAGCAGGACCUGGACAUCCUUCCUGCUGGAGACGAGACGGAGAUUGGAGAAAAGGGAGUCAAUCUCUCUGGAGGCCAGAAGCAGCGGGUGAGCCUGGCCAGAGCCGUGUACUGUGAUCGCUCCGUCUACCUGCUGGACGACCCGCUGUCGGCCGUGGACGCGCACGUGGGGAAGCACAUCUUCGACCAGGUCAUCGGCCCCCAGGGACUACUGAAGGACAAGACUCGCAUCCUGGUGACUCAUGGGCUGAGCUACCUGCCGCAGGCCGACCUGGUCCUGGUCAUGGUGGACGGCGAGAUCACCGAGAUCGGCUCCUACCUGCAGCUCAAGGAGGAGGAGGGAGCCUUCGCAGAGUUCCUGCGGACGUACGCCUCCAGCGAGCAGACUGACGGCUCCGGUUCUUCUGUGUCAUUCAAGCUCACGUCUCCGGUCUUCAUGACAAACCAAGAGCCUGUGCCUAACAGUCCCUCCAAGCCGAUGGAGAACGGCGUUGGGCCUGGAUUUACGGGCAGCAGCCAGAGUGCCAGCAACAAUUCCAAAGGUCCAGCAUCAGAACUGAACAAGGAGGAGAAGAAGUCCAAGAGCGCCGAGGCGGGGAAGCUGACUGACGCUGACAAAGCCAGCACGGGACGGGUCAAACUGUCCGUCUUCUGCUCCUACCUGAAAGCCAUCGGCGUGCUUCUGUCCGCCAUCAGCCUGCUGUUUUUCCUCAGCCACAACCUGCUGUCCAUGUUUGCCAACUACUGGCUGAGCCUGUGGACCGAUGACCCCGUGGUGAACGGCACUCAGCCUGACAGGCUGAUGAGGCUGGGAGUGUACGGUGGUCUCGGUGUGUCUCAAGGUGUUGCUGUUUUUGGUUACUCCCUCUCCGUGUCCAUCGGGGGCAUCCUGGCGUCCCGGUUUCUCCAUCAGUCCAUGCUGUUUGAUGUUCUACGCUCCCCCAUGUCCUUUUUUGAGCGAACUCCCAGUGGCAACCUGGUCAACCGCUUCGCCAAAGAGAUGGACACCAUCGACUCGCUGAUCCCCAUGAUCCUCAAGAUGUUCAUGGGCUCCCUGUUCAACGUGCUGGGCUCCUGCGUCAUCAUCCUGGUCGCCACGCCGAUGGUGGCCUUCAUCAUUCCUUUCCUGGGCUUGCUCUACUUUUUCGUGCAGAGGUUCUAUGUGGCGUCGUCGAGGCAGCUGAAGCGUCUGGAGUCGGUCAGCCGUUCACCCAUCUACACCCACUUCAAUGAAACGCUGCUGGGCACCUCCGUGAUCCGGGCCUUCGGAGAGCAGGAGCGCUUCAUUCACGAGAGCGACCAGAGGGUGGACCACAACCAGAAGGCGUACUACCCCAGCAUUGUAGCCAACAGGUGGCUGGCCAUCCGGCUGGAGUUUGUGGGGAACUGCAUCGUGUCGUUUGCUGCGUUGUUUGCUGUGUUAGCCAGAGAAAACCUGAGCCCCGGCAUCAUGGGCCUGUCCAUCUCCUACGCCCUGCAGCUGACCGCCUCCCUGACCUGGCUGGUGAGGAUGUCGUCUGAUGUGGAGACCAACAUAGUUGCAGUGGAGAGAGUGAAAGAGUACAGCGACACGGAGAAAGAGGCAGAGUGGAGGCAUGAGCCCCCCACCGUGCCCCCGGAUUGGCCGACGGAAGGCUGCAUACACAUCACAAACUUCGGCCUUCGUUACCGCAGCGACCUGGACCUGGCCAUCCGCAACAUCAACGUCGAUAUCAGCGGAGGAGAGAAGGUGGGGAUCGUUGGACGCACCGGAGCAGGAAAGUCCUCCUUAACGCUGGGGCUGUUCCGCAUCAUUGAGCCGGCUGAAGGCCAGAUCUCCAUCGACGGGGUGGACAUCGCUAAGCUGGGUCUGCAUGAGCUGCGCUCCAGAAUCACCAUCAUUCCACAGGACCCUGUAUUGUUUUCAGGGACUCUGAGGAUGAACCUGGACCCGUUCGACUCCUACUCUGAUGAAGACAUUUGGAAGGCUCUGGAGUUCUCCCAUCUCAAGACGUUUGUGUCCGGCCUGCCAGACAAACUCAGCCACGAGUGCAGUGAAGGCGGAGAGAACCUCAGCGUGGGUCAGCGGCAGCUGCUCUGUCUGGCCAGAGCUCUGCUGAGGAAGACGAAGGUCCUGGUGUUGGACGAGGCCACGGCCGCCGUCGACCUGGAGACGGACAACCUGAUUCAGUCCACCAUUCGCUCUCAGUUUGAAGACUGCACAGUGUUGACCAUCGCUCAUCGCCUCAACACCAUCAUGGACUACACCAGGGUUCUGGUGCUGGACAAAGGACAGAUGGCAGAGUUUGACUCUCCCUCCAGCCUCAUCGCUCAGAAAGGGGCCUUUUACAGGAUGGCUAAGGAUGCUGGGCUCAUCUGAAGCGGGGGGGGUUGCGUCUUCAAUCAGCCGUCCGACUCCUUCGUGGACAGGAGGGGUUAUUGAGGAGCCAGGGUUUGGUGUUAGUGAAAUGACCUGCAGUCUUUUCCACAGAGGCGAUGGCUCAAACUCCAGGACAGCUCAUACACAUUCAGGAUCCUCGUGCCAAAUAUUGCCUUCAUGUGCGUUAGGAAUGGGAGUGGCGUCUUCGGGCUUCAGCCAGGAUGAAGGUCAUCAUUUGCUUAAUCAAGAUUUAGUUUGGAAACUUCUCACGUUCUGUGUGAUGAAGACUUUUGGAUGAGACUUUCUUUAUUUCAUGCAGUGCUGACAUUCUCAUAGAGAAACUUUGGAUCGUCUGCAGAGCGAGCAGACGGUGGGACGGAGCUCUGUUACAGAGUUUGAAUGUAUUCUGACAGGAAUGGUGCCUCCUACACCAACAAUCACGCAACCAAACUCCAAACGCACAAACCUCUGGUGAAAUGUGUGAAACGCAUUUCACUGGGCACUCAGCACUCCUUAUUUAUUCUUUAUUUGUUGUCUUUCAGUAGCUUUAAGUUGAGCGUGUUAAAGGCUUUAAGAGUGAGAACCGUCGAGGGAAUGCUGAUUUUAGGAAACAGCUCUUAUCAAAGCUUCAUUUUUUUUAGAAAUAUCAGUUUGCAAACGCAGCAGAAAACAGAUUUUCUUGACGGUCUGACAUAAGAAUCGUAGGUACUGAAUAAUCUUCAUGUUUGAAUUGUUUGCAGCUCUCAAAGGGUUAAAACCACAUGUUUUGUUCUGUGUUAAUCUGUCAGUCUGUUACUUUCAUUUGAGUAAAAAGUGGUUUCAGAAAUAAAAGCUGGACUCCUAAGAUAGCUUGGGGAAAGACAUCAUAAAACCGUAUGGGGCCACCAUAAAAGAAAAUGAAGGAAUCGAUGAGGAAAAAAAGUUAUCAUUUUGUAAAAAUAGUUGGAGAAUUGUGUGAAAAUUUGUUUUUGAGCCACAAAUGUACAACUUUGUUGUCAUAGUGUUGAAUUAGUCUGCUAAUUGAACGCCUCUCUGCUCACGUAUUUGUCUUAUGGUGGCCCCAACACUCCAUCGUUUCAUUAACAUUUGAAUGUAUCAGAAGAACAUUUUCUGCUGAGUUGAGGAAAACCUUAAAGUAGGAAUAAAGCGUUCUUAGGGUGUGAGGAUGUUCCCAUCUGCAGCCUCAGGGGCGCCAUUCGGACAGCUCCUGACGGUGGGACGGAAACGACACCAGCCGGGUACAGCUCAGACGGGGAGAAUAUUUGUGAAAAGUCGGGUUUUUGUCAGUGGUUCAAAAGGGAAGCUCGUGAUAGUUUUUACACAUGGACUCAUGUCGUUUGAGAUGUUUUUGUAACUUUCGUUCUGGUUUACAAAUAAUGAAAACUCCAAAUCCAAUGUCUCAGUAAAUUAGAAGAUUGUAAAAAAAAAUUCAGAGUUGGUAAUUAAAGGUUGAUUAAGUUAAAACGCUGCAAAUGUUGAAA